AUGACGUCUACUUCAAAAGUGCCUCUUCUGGACACACAAUACAACGAAAACAUUUGGAUUGAGUCCCAGAAGUACUUAAUAAACAACAGUUACCUCUACUGCGAACUCGAGAGCGGAGUGAAGUGCACUCAAAGACAGCCACAGAAUUACCUCUACUGCGAAGGACUGGUGUUUGGCCGCAUGUCCUUCAGGGGUAUGAACCCUGAGAUCGAGAAACUGAUGCAAGAGUUGGACGACAAGAGCGGUGACCACAAGACCAAAGAGACGGCCAAAGAGUCGACGGAAGUGUCGGACGAAGAGAUGACGAAUAGGUAUUCAAAAUACAUCAGUAACUCAUCCCAUAGGAAGCGAAACAUGUCUUCACAUAAGAGGCAUCAGAACCAGAGAUCAGACAAGAGAUUCAAGUCUUCGUACCAUUGA